UUCUAUGAAGAGCCCUUUGGAUAUCAUGACAGGUAUUAUUCAAAAAUUAAGAAGAAAGCGAAAGCUCUCUUCGGAGCUGCAUUCGCGCUGGGGAGAUGUGGCUAUCACGUAUCCCAAUGCCGGCUCCUGGAGUCAAUAUGAACAGUCACCUGUUGGAACACCCAAUUCGGUACCCGUUAAAAUGUUAGACCACUGUCGACGACAUGGUUCCCUUGAUUCGCUCGAUCGCCAUGGCCACACAUCUACUCUACCUUCGGGAAACUUCAAAGAGCGGACAUCGUCCACUGAUUCGGCCAUGACUAUGCCGACGGGACACUACGACUCAAAGCUACGAGGGCGAUCGAAGAAAAAGGCGCCCCCUCCAAGUCCUAUAUUAGGACCUAACGCCCAUCCUACAAUGAGGGAUGGGUUUGACGAAUCUUCGACCGAUGAGGAAGAGGAUUCCAUAUCCGGCCUUCAUAGUCCGAAGGGGCAAUAUCCACGAGACAGGUCUCGCACGAAAUCCCACGAGGAGAGCGGUGCCUAUUCGCGCGCGUCCAAAUCACCGCCGCUGUCGGUCACAUCACGAAUGCGCCAUUUCAGUUUGCAGAGUGCUACAACCGACCCGACAGCAUCUAUACCAGCUACAUCCAGUUCGAGACAUACUAGUUAUACGUCGUCUACCCCUUCAGUGCCGUCGGAAGAUCCUCGACUGGGACACCGGCCGAGUCCUCGCGAUACCAAGCUUAUGCAUCGGCCGAAGCCUGCACCGGUUGCAGAACAGGAGUUAGUUCCGUCGUACGAUGAUCUUUACGGAUAGUUGAUGUUCACUAUAUUGGAUUCGAGAUAAUGCUUUGAGCUUCCUGUGCAAGAACCCUAAUACGUUAAGGUACCAUGAGUCAUGAAAACCACUGAUCUACCGAUUGGGAUCUUUCUUUGCUUAUUUCUUUCAUUCUUCGCCUCUCUCUUCCAUUUCUUUUUCGGUGCCACCGGCGAGAAAGAACAAACUUGCAUUGUGGCGUUACUAUCUUAU